GCAGCUGAUGAAAGCCAUGAAUAAGUCCAACGAGCACGUGCUGGCCAUGGGGGCGUGUUUCAACGACCGGGCCGACUCUCACCUGGUGUGUGUCCAGAACGAUGACGGGAACUACCAGACGCAGGCCAUCAGCAUCCAUCACCAGCCCCGCAAAGUUACUGGAGCCUGCUUCUUUGUGUUCAGCGGUGCUUUGAAAGCCUCGUCUGGCUUCUUAGCCAAAACCAGCAUUGUUGAAGACGGUGUAAUGAUCCAGAUCACAGCGGAGACCAUGGACUCUCUACGGCAAGCCCUGAGGGACAUGAAGGACUUCAGCAUCACCUGUGGGAAAGCAGACCAGGAGGAGAACCAGGAGCUCGUCCACAUCCAGUGGACAGAGGACGACCACAACUUCAACAAGGGUGUCAUCAGUCCGAUCGAUGGGAAGUCCAUGGAGUCCAUCACCAGCGUCAAGAUCUUCCACGGCUCCGAGUUCAAGGCCAACGGAAAAGUCAUCCGCUGGACAGAGGUAACACACUGAGGCUCAUUUCACUGGUUCACCUGAUCUGUACCCAGAAGGACAAUCCUUCUUCCACUAGUUUGUCAUUAUCAACCAAAAGAUAUCAUGCCUCCGCCUCGAGAAUCUCUCAGUGAACUGA